AUGGCCGCUCGUCACUCACGAAAGCUUCUGCGACCGUUGCUCUACACGUCCGCGGCCGCAGCCGCCGGAGCGGGAGUGCUGUACAUUUCCUACCGUCCACGCAACAUUCCGGGCUUGGAGGCUCCCGCGGUGCCUCCGCCGGGGUAUCAUGAGGGCAAGCUGGUGCCUCCCAGCUUCCCAUCCAUCAAGGGUCGCAUCGAUCAGAUUAAGGACCUGAAGCGAAGCCAGACCGAGGAGCCCUACGACCUCUUGGUCAUCGGUGGUGGUGCGACGGGUUCCGGAAUUGCGCUGGACGCAGCCACCCGAGGCCUGCGGGUGGCGGUCGUGGAGCGCGAUGAUUUCAGCGCUGGUACGAGUAGUAAGAGUACCAAAUUGGUCCACGGUGGUGUCCGCUACCUCGAAAAGGCCUUUUGGGAAUUGGACUACAACCAGUACGCGCUGGUCAAAGAGGCGCUGCGCGAGCGCAAGUACUUCCUCAACACCGCCCCGCAUCUCUCCCAAUGGCUGCCUAUCAUGGUGCCCGUGCAGAAGUGGUGGCAGAUUCCGUACUUCUGGGGUGGGUGCAAGGCGUAUGACCUUCUGGCUGGUUCCGAGGGCAUUGAAAGCUCCUACUUCCUCACCAAGAGUAAGGCCAUCGAUGCCUUCCCCAUGUUGAAGCGCGACGAUGUGAUCGGAGCUAUGGUUUACUACGAUGGUGCCCACAAUGACUCGCGCAUGAACGUCUCCCUGGCCAUGACUGCCGCGCUCUACGGUAGUACCGUGGUCAACCACAUGGAGGUCACCGGUCUGACCAAGGGAGAGGACGGUAAGCUGAAUGGUGCCAUCCUGCGGGAUGUGAUUCCCGGCAAGGACGGUGAGCAGGCCGAGGAGUUCAAGAUCCGGGCCAAGGGUAUCAUCAACGCGACCGGCCCCUUCACCGACUCCAUCCGCAAGAUGGAUGAUCCCAGCAUCCAGGAGAUUGUUGCCCCCAGCUCGGGUGUCCAUAUCAUCCUGCCGGGUUACUUCAGCCCCUCCAACAUGGGUUUGAUCGACCCUUCCACCUCCGACGGCCGUGUCAUCUUCUUCCUGCCCUGGCAGGGCAACACCAUCGCCGGUACCACCGACGCCCCCACCGAAAUUACCUACCAGCCCGAGCCGUCUGAGAAGGAUAUCCAGUGGAUCCUGAACGAGAUCCGCGGUUACUUUGCGCCCGACAUCACUGUGGACCGCAAGGACGUCCUGGCCGCCUGGUCCGGUAUCCGCCCCCUGGUGCGUGAUCCGGCCAAGAGCUCUUCGCAGGCUCUGGUCCGGAACCACCUGAUCAGCGUGUCUCCCUCGGGGCUGUUGACGUGCGCCGGUGGCAAGUGGACCACCUACCGUCAGAUGGCCGAGGAGGCGGUGGACGAGGCGAUCGAGGCUUUCCACCUGCAGCCUCGCGAGCUGCACAACAUGCCCGACAUCAGCGGUGCCGGUGGCAGUGGCCUGGUUGCCGAUGGUGCCACUCUCGACGGCAGCUGCCAGACCCAUCAGGUGCGCCUGAUUGGUGCUCACGGAUUCUCCCAGACGCUGUUCAUCAACCUGAUCCAGCACUUUGGUCUGGAGACCGAUGUCGCUAAGCACCUGACCACCUCCUAUGGUGACCGGGCCUGGCAGGUGGCCGCCUUGUCUUCCCCCACCAACACUCGUUACCCCGUCCGUGGCUGCCGCAUCUCGGCGCUGUAUCCCUUCGUCGAUGGCGAGGUCCGCUAUGCGGUUCGUCACGAGUAUGCCCAGACUGCCGUCGACGUCAUUGCUCGCCGAACCCGUCUGGCUUUCCUGAACGCCGAGGCUGCUCUGGAGGCGCUCCCGAACGUGAUUGACCUCAUGGCGGAGGAGCUGAACUGGUCCAACAAGCGCAAGGAUCUUGAGUGGAAGGAGUCGGUCUCGUUCCUGUCCUCUAUGGGUCUUCCCAAGAGCCUGUUGACCUUGACCCGUCAGGAGGUCCAGAGCGGUCGGGUGAAGGAGCUUGACAGUGAGGAGCGCAAGCACUUUGCUCGUACUGAUCCCCCCGCGGACAUUCUCAAGGGCGACGCCAAGAACCCCAAUGCCGAUCCCUUGAUCUCCAAGGACUCUCCGGCUAACAAGUAG